GGUAACUCGAUUUUUUGGCGUGCCAUUCUGAUCGAGCUUUUCAGCUGAAAUAACGUGGAAAACAGUGUUUGAAUAAACACUUGAAACGAAAUUUGACUUUUGUCAAAUUUUCUCUGAUCCAAGAUAUCUUGGAUCGAUUAAAUUGGUACUGGCCAAAGCGUCUUUGGCGCUUACUGGUAAUUUUUCCGGUUGUUCCCAGUUUUAAUCCCGUUUUGCACCCUGUUUUUGUCUUUUUAUUGCGGUCGUUUUCCUAUUGUAUACGUGUUGUAAUUCUAAUCUGUUUUCCACAUGAACAUGGCUGUCUCGCUAAACACCGAGACGGAUGGACCUAUGGGGUCCUCGUUUGAUGAUUCUACUGCAGCUUGCGGACAGGUUAACUGUUCAGAGCCAGUAACAGAUGCAUCUGGUGGUAUGCAGUGUGACGUCUGCUGCCGCUGGUAUCACGAAAGCUGUACCGGCCUACAAGCUGAUCAGUACAAAAUGCUAUCAUCAAGCGUCCACUUUCUUUUCAGCUGUGCUGAAUGCUGCGCUAAAAGAUCGACGCGCCUGGCUGUCACCGGUGCUAAACUUUCAGCGUUGGCUUCAAGGUUGGCAGAUGUUGAGUUGGCGAUAGCUAAACUCGCCUCUAUUGCUUCGCUCGAUACGAAAAUGGAUUUGAUUUUAAAAUCCCUAAAUAUUUCGUUUGAAGACACAGCAAUAGCCGGCAACAUUGCUGACGAUCCAUCCACUGGAGUCUGUCAAUCGGUCAUAAAGUCGCACAUCCUACCGGCCAAUCCAGGUAGCAUUGCUGGCGGUCCUCAUGAUCCGAUCAAAGUGAAGAAAAAUAGGGUGCGGAAACACCAAAAGCCCUCUGCUAAACCCAGAGAAAUAGUUGCCACGGCAUCGAAAGAGAUGCCGUCUUUGACAGUCAUAAACUCGUCUGACGAUUGCACACAGAACUUUCCACAGACGCUGACUGUCUCGGCCGCCAGUGAACCAGCCUGUUCUGACGAAAUGCUGGUAACUGCUCAAUGCGUUACAAAGUCAACGGCCCCUGCUCCAGUGAGCCAAAAGAAGAAGCGGACAAGAUCUGCUCGUAAAACUUCGAAGGGGCUUGAAGACCCAGGAACCAGUAAGACGCCGGCAAUAGAGCGGAAAACCUACGCUACCGUUGCUUCGGCGUCGUUUGGGAAGCCAGGGACAGUCCCACCGCCAGUGGUGAAAACAGCUGGUACAGGUGUCGACUCCAAGGCACGUGGGGUAAACACUCCCCGUCGUGCCGACUCUUUCACUGAUAGUAGCGUUAUAUUCCGUAACGUUACUGAAUCUGAGGCCGUUCUCCCAAGGGAACGCAUCUUGGAUGACAUCAAGUGGCUGAAACUGUGUGUCAGCAAGCUGCUUCCACCUGGUUUCCCUGGUGUCACUGUCAGAAAGCUGACCAGAUUGGGGAACGUUCCCGUCGCUGCGCCAAAUCCACGACCCCGACUACUUCGCGUAGUCCUUUCUACCCCGGAGGAACGCAAAUCGUUACUGCGAUUUGCAUUCAAACUUAAGGGUAGUGGUGUCAGCGUUCAGCCGGACCUACCACUGGCAGAUAGGUUGAAGUUAAAGGAGGCUAUCAAAGACCUCAAAACUAGACGGGCGGCUGGUGAGCAAGGCCUCCGUCUGGUGGGUUUUCAGGUGGUCAGCCGGAAGUUACUUUCCGCCCUAUCAGAACCAAUCCUGAUGGCGCACGACCCAGGGAUGGUCGUGCCGACUUCCUUGAGGUAGUACUUAGCAACGUGCGUAGCCUAAGGAACAAGGUGCACGAGUUGGGUCUACUUGUAGACAAAUCUCGUCCCGACAUACU